UUCGAGCAUCAACCUCACGGUUCUAUCCUGUCUUUUCCCGGCUUGCACUGUAAUUUAACUUUUGGCCACGUCCCCCAGGCCACGUCGCUCUGGCUUCGCCAUAUUCGCUGAAUUAAGGCAUUCAGAGAUAAGUUGUGAGGGCUCUAGUGUCCGAAAAGCUAUAUUAGAAGUCGCAUUAAGUUGUGUAGGACUCACACGACAAAGAUGAAUAUCUUCAGACUUACAGGGGAUCUCUCUCACCUUGCAGCGAUCAUUAUUCUGCUCCUCAAAAUAUGGAAUUCGAGGUCCUGCGCCGGUAUAUCUGGAAAGAGUCAGAUUCUGUUUGCUGUGGUGUUCACCACACGCUAUCUGGACCUGCUGACCUCAUUCAUCUCGCUCUACAACACCACCAUGAAGGUGAUCUACAUUGGCUGUGCGUAUGCCACCCUGUACAUGGUAUACAUGAAGUUCAAAGCCACCUACGACGGAAAUCAUGACACAUUCAGAGUGGAGUUCCUGCUGGUUCCCGUGGGAGGCCUGUCUUUCUUGGUCAACCAUGACUUUUCUCCUCUGGAAAUCCUGUGGACCUUCUCCAUCUACCUGGAGUCGGUGGCCAUCCUACCCCAGCUCUUCAUGAUCAGCAAGACGGGAGAGGCCGAGACCAUCACCACCCACUAUCUGUUCUUCCUGGGGGCUUACCGCGCUCUGUAUCUCUUCAAUUGGAUCUGGCGUUUCUACUUCGAGGGAUUCUUUGACAUGAUUGCCAUCGUGGCUGGCAUCGUCCAGACCAUCCUGUAUUGUGAUUUCUUCUACCUGUACAUUACCAAAGUUCUGAAAGGAAAGAAAUUGAGCCUCCCAGCGUAAGUGCCAAAGACCGAAACUCAUACUCCAUCGAGACUGAUUGGAGCUAGAGUGAGAUGCACAGAGACAGAGCACACAAUGGAAAUGCCACAAGCUUUUUUUGUGAGUAUCUGCAAGUUCUGCCAAAAUGUACCGGAACACAAGCAAGGAUUCUCUCUGGUCUGUGAAGCAUCUGGAUGUCUGUUUUUGUGGCAUCUUGCCUAAACUUCAAAGGACUUAAAAAAACAACAACUUUUGUAUGUGUGAGGUGUCUUCAUGCUUAAGCAUCACAAAGGGGCUGACAUGGUAUAAACUGUAUUUGAACUGUAACUCUUAAAUAUAAUGCACAGAUUGAUGGCCAUAAAAAUGAAGCAAACUUGGUGUUCUAUGUCAGUAUUUGACAUGACAUAGUUACAAUUCCAAUCUUUUAAUCUUGGGUAGAAGCAAUACUUAACAUAAAGUCACAAAAACGGCCAAAUUCAUACCUUGGCACAAACUUAAAUGGGUAUUUUUUGAGUUUGUGUAGAACCUAUGUUUAAAAAAACCCUUUGUUUUUGUUUUUCCUUUUUAAAACAUUUGGUUUAGAAGUUUCCAUAUGUAAAUGCAGAGUGCAAAAAAACAAAUCUAGUACAACAACCCUUUCUAUGGGCAUCGCAGACUUAUUUCCUGGGCUUUAUCCACUCCAAACAAAUACUGCAGGAGCAGCCCAUGCUGAGCCAGUGCAACAGUGGCUGACAGUAAUGGGUGUCAACAGCCUUGCAAAACAUUGAGCACAGUUACAUGUGCGGAGUAUUCUGGUUUCAAACGGAGUAUUUUCAGUAUUCUGUUUAAUACAAGUUCUGGAAUAUUCCGUUUGCAGGUAUAGGACAGCAUUCUGCAAUCGGAACAUUCCUGGAGCACGGCCACAUUCGGAAUGAAUAAUGGAAUGAGUUUAUAACAUGUCUUGUGCGCAAACUGAAUUCUGCCACCAUUCCGUUUAAAAUCUAAAUAUUUUUCACAUGUAACUGCAGUCAGUGAUUCGUUUGUUGGCUCAGUGGCACAUCUUUUUACACCCUAUCUGAUCACCUUGCCAUAGCCUUCUUUCGCACUGAACCUUGGUGGAUUUAUACUAAUUGUAUAUGGGCUCAAUAUCACGACUAUAUUGUCCCCAAAUGAGGAUGUUGUACAUGUAAUUCAUCCAUACUAAUGGCUAUAAUGUUGUAUGGCUGUGUGAGUGACACUACCUUUGAACAGGUGCUCAGCCAGAUGUUUCUCUUUGUUUGUAAUGUUAUGAUUAUAGAUGCAGUAAUUUAUCUUUUCAAGGACACUGUGUGAUUGUAUACAGUGUUGCACAUUGCGGAGUUCCUUGUUGAUCUGAUUCGUGAAGCUUUAUAUAAAGAAGAGUGCGUGGCAUGGGUGACCAUAGCGGUUUGUCAAGGUGUGUGUCUAUCUCUUUGGCCUUUUCCCCAGUAGAACAUUCUUCCUUGUCCUCCCUUUUUUUGGCAUUCCUUUAGAUUUUUCUUUUUUCUUUUUGUAUUGCUACAUGAUAUCAGCUCCAAUAAAGACAUUUUUUGAAA